AUGGCGACCGGAACAACAGUUGAUCACUGGCAGUUGCGACUGGCUGAUGGAGAGGGCCGUUGCGAUGGCCGAGUGGAGGUUUAUUACGGGGGUGUCUGGGGCAGAGUAACUGACGGUCUUUGGGAUUUCAAAGAUGCAGAUGUGGUUUGCAGACAGCUGAAUUGUGGCUUCGCAAUACAAGUUUACACCCACUCCAAGUAUGGAAUCGGGAAAGGACCAGUGUUAAUGAACAAUGCCAGUUGCAAUGGAAGUGAAUCCUACCUCUGGAACUGCACGUUUACUCAGGGGAACUAUUUAUCUAUAAGUAAUGACGUUGGCGUAUUUUGUUCUGACCAUAUUCCCAUAAGACUAGUGGACGGCGGAAGUCGCUGUGCCGGAAGGGUUGAAGUUUACUACAACGGAACCUGGGGGACCGUGUGCGAUGAUUCUUGGGAUUUAGCAGAUGCCCAUGUUGUCUGCAAAGAACUGAAUUGUGGGUAUGCUGUUAAUGCCACGGUUUCCAGUUGGUUUGGUCAAGGUUCAGGUCGUAUCUGGGUGGACAACGUGAACUGUUCAGCGAAUAAUUCGGCCUUGUGGCAAUGUCUGAGGAGUCCAUGGGGCGAGAACGACUGCAUUCAUAAAGAAGAUGCUGGAGUUAUCUGUUCGGGUCACAGAGAUAUAAGGUUGGCGAAUGGGAAGAAUCCCUGCCAAGGCAGACUUGAAGUUUUCUUUAACGGGACCUGGGGCACUGUUUGCUCAGAUUCUUUUGUCACGGAGAAUGCACACUUGGUUUGCGCCCAGCUGAACUGCGGUUCAGCAACAUCUGUAGAAAACUCCGUGGCAUUUGGAAAGGGAUCUGGACCGAUCUGGCUCGAUGAUGUGAGGUGUCGCGCGGAUGACUCACUUAUAUGGCAAUGCCCAUCUUCACCCUGGGAGCAACUUAAUUGUAACCACGAGGAGGAUGUCGGGGUCAUUUGUUCAGAAUCACACCCGUCUAAAAACCGAAUCCAGGGGAACAGAAAGAAAAAGAUAAUGCACCCAGUUCCGGAAGAUUCUGGUAAUUAUCGAUAUGUCACGUAUUAA